AUCAUCAGUAGUUAUUUAGAGAUGGCGAAAACGAAGACAGGUUUAGCUGCAGUGAUAACAACAGGUGUUGCAUUUUUGUUUAUUUUCAUUGCAUUUGUUACACCAUGCUGGCUACAAACGGACGGAAAAUUAGAAAAACCAAAAUUUCAACAAUUAGGUUUAUGGGAAGUUUGUUUUAAUGGAUUCGAAGAUAUUCGGCAUUGGUAUGACACAAAAUUUGUUGGAUGUUGGUGGGUUUUCGAAGAAGAAUAUUAUAUUAUUCAUGAUAUUUUGCUACCAGGAUUUUUCAUCGCUACCCAAUUUUUCAUGACACUAAGUUUUACAUUACUAUUAAUUGCUGGAUUUUUAACUGCAAUGUACUGUUGUUGCAGCCGUUAUCAUGAUAAAUAUAUUACUUUGUUAUUUACAAUUUCUGCUGAUCUUCUAAUUGCAGCCGUGUGUGCUUUAACUGCUGUGCUAAUAUUUGGUUGUUACGGUGAUAGCCGAGAUUGGAUGCCAAAUUGGGAACACAAUGAUUUAUCCUGGUCGUUUGCAUUGGCAGCAAUAGGUUCACUAUUACUGUUUCCAGCAGGUGCAUUAUUUUUAACAGAAGCACGUCGUGCUCGUUAUCGACGUUUACAAGAAACUCGCGAUCCUAGCCAUGGUGGUAGCCAACAAUUCAAUAUGGAUGUGAGAAAGGGAACGCACAGUAGUGAUAUUUAACAACAUUUUUGUAUAUAAAUGUAAAAAAUAUUAUUAUUAUAAACAAUUUUAUCAUGUCUUAGACAUUUUCAUGAGUAUUUUACAAAAUUUAAUUACUUUGUUCAAUGUAAAAUGACCAUUUUUUAAAGAAUCUAAACGGCACUAAAUUUUUGAGUCGUAAAAUAGUUAGUGUUAGUGAUUGAACAAAGUUAUUAAAAUUUUUUUUGAAUAUUUCGAAUUGAUUUUACAAUUUAUCGGAAUACGUGCUAUAUCGUAUUUGAUGAUUUUGACAUACAUCCAAAAUUUUUUAAUUUGGUACACAAAA